AUGAGGGUCUAUAGCCGCCUACUAGCUACUGCAACGGAUGCUGGUGCAUCAAAACCUUUCCGGCCGGCACCAAUGGCACUUCUACCACCAAUCCCGCUCUACCGUCGUCUAUUACGAGCUCAUCGGAAACUUCCUAGAGAGGAACGUACGCUAGGAGACUUAUAUGUCAAAGCUGAAUUCCAUGCACAUAAGGAUAUCGACAACCCAGUCCAUAUUGUUGGGUUUCUGACCGAAUGGCAGCUAUAUGCGCAGCAAUUAGCAGGCGAUGCAUGGAAAGGAGCUAAAAUGGACAGAUCUAAGGUAGAAAAGAUGAGUGACCAACAGAUUGGCCAGUUGUACGAGUUGAUGAGCGCUAUUCGCAAACAAGAGCUUGAGGAUAACGAUCCGGAACAUGGGUCUGGGAAUGACAAGUAA